UUAAGUGCGCUUUUUGGUUGGGAGGAUGAUUGAACUUGUCUCUGUCUGGAUGUGAAAGAAUAAGACCUGAACUUGCUGCUAAUCCUCAGGGAUAUACAGGAGGUAUAGUCCAACAUGUCUGAAGUAGGAGAAGUGAUCGAGGAGAUGCUGGAGGAGGAGGAAGAAAUCCAGCAAGAGGAAGAAGGGCCUGCACCUCAAGUUGAAGAACCUCCUGUUGCAGAAGAAGAGACUGCAGAAGAAGAGCCUGCAGCAGAAGAGCCUGCAGAAGAAGAGCCUGCAGAAGAAGAGUCUCCAACUGCAGAUGAAGAUGACACCAAACCCAGACCAAAGGCAUUUGCUCCACCUAUAGCUGUACCGAAGAUCCCAGAGGGAGAAAAGGUCGAUUUUGAUGACAUCCACAGGAAGCGUCAGGAGAAGGAUCUGACUGAGCUGCAGUCACUGAUCGAGGCCCACUUCAUUCAGAGGAAGAAGGACGAGGAGGAGCUCAUCGCUCUUGUUAACAGGAUCGAGAAGCGCCGUGCUGAGAGGGCUGAACAGCAGAGGGUCCGUGCUGAGCAGGAGAAGGAAAGGCAGGCCCGUGUUGUUGAAGAAAAGGAGAGGAAGGAGCAGGAGGAGGCGCGAAAGAAGCAGGAUGAGGACGCCAAGAAGAAGAAGGCUCUGACAAACAUGACUCAGCAAUAUGCUGGUGUCCAACAGCGGCAAGAAGGAAAGAAGGGAGCGAAGAAGCAGACAGAGAGAGAGAAGAAAAAGAAGAUCCUGGCGGACAGGAGGAAGCCUCUUAACAUCGACCAUCUCAAUGAGGACAAAGUGAAGGAGAAGGCCAAUGAGCUGUGGCAGUGGCUGAUGACACUGGAGGCUGAGAAGUUUGACCUCAUCGAGAAACUGAAGAGACAGAAAUAUGAUAUCAAUGUACUGCAGACCCGAAUCAAUGAGCAGCAGAAGUUCGCCAAAGGAAGAGGCAAGGCCAAGGGCAGGGUGAGAUAGACGCAAACAUCAGCAGGAGACCUUCAAGGAAGCGUCUGAAACGGAGAGGCAGUAUUUGACUUCGAUGACAUUAGCGUACAUGUAAAGACUAAAAAAAAAAAAAAGCACUGCAACAGCUAGUUCGAGACAUAAACAAUAAAAAGUUUUGUGAUUUUGA